ACAAUGACCAAAGUUACAAGAUACAACUAGUCAAAUAUCAAAGUUAUAUGGCUUCUCCUCCUCCACCGUCCUUGCCCACACCAAAUCUCUCAACCCUACACGACUCUUCAAUCUCUCCCAUCUUCCAAAAAAAUUCACGAAUUUCCUUGCUUCGAAUUCCCAACCCUCGCUCUGUAUUUAGAGUUUAUGUCAAACCAAUUACAAAUACAAAUAGUAAUCAAAAUGAUGCUGAUCAUGAGCAACGCUCUGUAGACAAAUUCAAACUGGUCAGGAGAAACUUGCUAUUCAGUGCGCUAGGAUCAAAGAUGAGUGAAAUACCACCGGCUUUUAGUGAAUCCGAAGCAUAUGCUGCGGCCGAGUCAACGCCCAUGAAGCUAGUAGAACUCACUGAGUUCCCGAUCACUUUGGACUCGGUGAUCAGCGUCACUGUGCCGAGGCCGAAGAAGUGUCGGACAAAGGAGGAAAAGGAAGAGGAAGAGGAGGUGUUAGCGAUUCAAGGGAUCGAGUUUGUGGCGGAUGAGUUUGUGAAGUUCGACGUGCAUGUCAACGAUGACGAAGAAGAUCUGAGUCGACCCGAUAACUCGGAAUUUGCGGGGAGCUUUGUGUAUUUGCCGCAUCGGAGGAAGACCGUGACGACGAGUCUUAGGCUUGGGAUAACGGACUUGUUGGACGAUUUGGGUGCUGACGGUGAUGACAGUAUCAAGGUGACUUUGGUGCCAAAGCAUGUGAAACGACCUGUCACUAUUGGGAAGAUCAAGAUCGAGUUUCUCAAAUGAUAUGUCUAUGUAUAUGGUGUUCUGAGUUUUACUUGCUACAAAUAAUCGAUGUAACAGCAAGCACCAAGCACACUUAAUUUUCUAAAAUAAUUGGAUCUACUUUUAGGUUCUCAGGUUUC